AUGGCGGCCGAAACAAUCAAUGCAAAAUUAGACGGCAAUGGCGAACCUGUCGCCGUCAUUUUCGGAGUUACCGGUUUGGUCGGAAAAGAGUUAGCAAAAACCCUUCUCUCAACCGGCGGCUGGAAAGUUUACGGCGUCGCACGGCGGCCGGAUAAUGUCAGCCCCAUCACCGAUUCUAAUUUCCAAUUCAUUUCCUGCGAUUUGCUCGACCGCUCUUCCGCUCACCGAAACCUCUCGCCGGUUCGCCACGUCACACAUCUUUUCUGGGUAACUUGGGCUGCCCAGCUACGGUUCGAUACCUCAGAUUGCUCGGACCAGAACCGGACCAUGUUGGCUAACGUCCUUGACGUCAUUCUCCCGGCGGCGUCGGCUCUCCGCCACGUCUCUCUACAGACCGGGAUUAAGCACUACGUUUCGUUGACGGGAGGCGGAGGCGGUCGGAUGGCGGUUUAUUGUGAGGAUAGUCCGAGGGCGGAAUCUGGGAACAAUUUUUAUUAUGCGUUGGAGGAUCUCCUCCGUGAGCGGCUGUCCGGCGGCGGGCGGAGGGUGGCGUGGAGUGUUCUUCGACCGGGUUUGAUUUUGGGCUGUUCGAACCGGACUUUUUUUAAUUUUAUGGGGAGUUUGUGUGUUUAUGGAGCUAUUUGUAAGAAGCUGAAGAAGCCGUUUGUGUUCGGCGGCUCGGCGGCGUGCUGGGAAGGGUUUUGUAUCAAUGGCUCCGACGCUCGGCUUGUGGCGGAGCAGCACGUUUGGGCCGCCACCAAUGAAAUAAACACCACCGCAGACGGGGAAGCAUUCAACGUGUGCAACGGGUGGAGCUUCACGUGGAAGGAGAUAUGGGGAGCGGUGGCGGAGAAGUUUGGAGUGGCGGCGGAGGACGAGGAGGGGAUGUUUUCUCCGGAGUUCCAUUACACGGCAGCGAUGGCGGAGAAAGGGAAGGUGUGGGCGGAGAUAGUGGAGGAGGAAGGGCUAAUUCCGACGGACAUGGAGGAGCUGGCCAAUUGGGGGUUCUUAGACAGCUUGUUUAGGCUGCCGGGAAAAAUGGUGGCUAGUCGGAACAAAUCCGACCGGCUUGGGUUCAGUGUCAAGUACAAGAUGUUGGACUCCAUCCUGUAUUGGAUCGAUGUCAUGCGACACGACAAAUUAAUUCCUUUUCCUUAA